AUAUAAAUUAUAUAUAUUUCAAGUAUGCGUAAAACAUUUCCUAUUGUGAUCGGACUCCAUCUGUUGAUCGCAAUAAACUGUCAAACAUUACCAAGCAAUAUAAAGAAAUGCCGUUUUGGCGAUUCGAAAUGUAUUGUUGGAUCAAUGAAUGCUGUGAUACGACAGUAUUCACGAGGAUUAUCUGCAAUCGGUAUGAGGCCCAUCGAUGUUGUGGGCAUUGAGGAUUCGAAUGUUUGGAAUAAUGCCCAAAUAGGUGGUGCUUGGUUCCAAUUCAAGCUAUUCAAUCAAGCAAAUUAUGGCUUUGAGAAUACGACAGUAAAGCGUAUUAGAGGUUUCGGUAAAGAUCCAACAGCCACCAUAAUGGAAAUACACGGACAGAUUCCAAGUCUUAUUCAUAAGGGUAACUAUGUGGCUAAAGGACGAGUUUGGAUGGUUGCCCUCAAUGCGACAGGUAGCUCAACAUCGGAUUUUCAGAAUCUACGAUUCAUAUUGAAGCUAAAAGUCAUACCGGAAUAUCGGAAUAAUAAGCGCUAUUUGAAAAUCUAUGAACUGGUGCCAGUUGUCAAUAUCAGUCGCUGGAUUGUGUGGUUGGAUAAUUUAUUCCCCGAGAACAUGGAUUUAACAAUUGCAAUCAAUGAGCUGCUUAACGCGAACUGGUUGGAAUUUUGGAAUGAAUUGGAGCCAGCAUUUCUGAACAUUUUUAGCGGUGUAUUUACGAGCAUGAUUACAGAUACAUUUGAGAAAAUAUCCUACGACGACAUGUUCCUCAAGGAUAAUGAGACUGAAUCAAGCAAUUAAGCUAAGCUCAUAUUUAUAUCAACUGUGAACGCGUUAAUUAAUGUAACAGGAAAUAUAUAUCUAUAGUUCAUUUAAAUUAUAUACAUGCAUUUAACUGGCAAUCCGGUUUUCCAGAUAGUUGACUAUAAACUUAACUCUAGCUAAACUCUUGACUUUAUUUACAAUCGAGCAUUGGCUAAAGCAGGUUCUAAGUGAAAUCGUGUCGUGAUUGUGAACAAAUGUAAUAGG